UUCUUUUUGCACAAUCUACCUGAGUUGUGUGUCUUCCCCCCCCUGUACGCCUCCACUCCUCUCCACCAUGGAUUUGGUUUGGAUUGUGGGCUUCGUUGUGAGCGUCUGCGCCUGGUUUGCUUCAGCGGAGCGACACAGCGUCUACUGGAACAGCACCAACCCAAAGUUUGUAUGGGACGACUACGCUGUGGAGGUGAAGCUCAAUGACUACCUGGACAUCGUGUGCCCCCAUUACCCUCAGGGUGAGGUGCCGUUGCUAGAUGCCGAGCGAUACGUGCUCUAUAUGGUGGAGCGCGAGGACUAUGAAUCCUGCAAGCCCCAGUCUUAUGACCAGAUGCGCUGGGAGUGCGGCCAUCCAUUUGCUCCUCAUGCCCCUGAGAAGUUCUCCGAAAAGUUCCAGCGUUUUACUCCAUUUACUCUCGGGAAGGAGUUCCGCCAAGGAGAAAGCUACUAUUAUAUCUCCAAACCGUUACACCACCAUGGACAGGAGUGCCUCAGGCUUAGGGUGGACGUAGUAGCUGCUGACGGCUCACAAGAGGCCAGAGUGGCUAAAGGAGGCACAGGUGGGACAGGAGUUGGAGCUGGGGGUGGGGGUGGGGUUCACAACCCGUCCAACAGACUGCCUGCAGCAGAUGACCCGGUGGUGAGCCUGCCAGAGGUCCAGAAGAGUGUGCGGACAAACUCUGCAGUGGCCGCUACAUCUCUCUCAAUUCUCUCAUUGCUAGUCCCAUUUUCAUUACUGCUAUUGUUGCACUGAGAGCACAUGAAAGAACUGCUGUUCGCAGACAAUUUUUUCAGGGACUACAAUGAAGACAGUCCGUGGGGAAGAAACCACUGACUCAAAAAGACAGUUUUCCAUGCCCAGUGCUGGCCACAGGGCGAGACAUUUGAAGCCUGUAAAGUACAGAUGGACUCACUUGCACUAAAUGUGCUCAUUUAAGACGAAGUAUGUGCGCUUCGUCUUAAUUUUCAAAAGGUGACAGUAUUUUUGCUUGGAAUGAUCAAGCUCUCCUUGAUUUGUAAUGUUUGGGGCUUUUUUCAACAACAAAAAAACACAACAUGAACCUGUUUGGAUGAUAACCCCUCAAGAAAAAAUGAAGAAGCUGAAGAGGAGGCGAACCUGGCCGAAGAACAAUCAAGAACAAACACACAAGCUCUGGUUGAAUUCUAUAAAAUAUAAAAUUAUCCGGAAUAAAUCCACAUUUUAAAGUAAUCUACUACCUUUUGAGCCAAAGAUCAGUCAUCUCUCCAACUUGUACACUAUUCCACCCUUGAGUAUUGUGUACUAUUUGUUGUAUUGUUAUUGUAAUGGUAUUGAGUGGCAUUGAUGUCCCAAGUGAUUACUUUCUCAAAUGUAGCAAUGACAGACAUGGAGGCUGUUCUCAUGACUACCAUUCCUUUGCAAACUCGACCAUGUGCUUAAAUACUGUAGCACUAUUACUGCACAGUAAAAAGACGCCAACAUACACUCCACAAGAGUACUGCACACAAACACACACAUGCACACACUGACAUCAGACGCUGUGUAACACAUGACAGACACACUACAUUGAACUGUUAUAUGUACAUUCUGUGAAGAUAAUUUAUAACAUUGCAGCUGAGACGUUUUACUGUAUAUACCAUGUGCUCACAAAAUGAAAUGUUUACCGUUGGCAAUGGAGAGAGCUUUUUUUCUCUCCUAGUAGACUUAGUGCUUGUGUGAAAGGGAAGAUAUGUGUGUUACGGUGUGAGUAAGAUAACAUGCGCGAGCUAGGGAGCGAUUGAUUGAAAGAGCGAUAAGACAAAAUGUAUUUCUGCCAAAAGCAAACACUGAGAUGUUGUGUUUACCACAGAGACGCUGGACUUCUCUGUUUGUUGGAUCUUGCCCCUGUAUUGGAUAAACUGUCCGACAUGAAGAGCUGGUAUCAAAUCUUUAAUUACAACAGGACCCCAAACCCUUGUGUAUCAUUGUGCUUUCCAUUCGAUUUCCAGUUGGAAAACAAGUGUAUACAUCUAAACACACAGCAAAGUAAUCAGCUGUUCAGAAUAAUGAUCACUGUUAUUUGGAAAAAUUCUUGUAAUCAGUUCACAAUAGACACGACACGGCAUCAAACCAAGUUGCCAAGCGCAUCUUCACCUGACAGACUGGCUUGAACAACAAAGCACAACAGUGUAUGACUACCGUUGAAGUCAGUCUUUUUUUUUAUCUGAAUC